GCAGCAGCACCCGACUGUGAAAUGGCUCUGGCCCAGAGGGCAGCCUCUGCCCUUCUGCUCUUCCUGGUGCUGCCUGGGGAGGCCUGGCCUGGCCUGGGGCCGCCCCGGCGGCCGUGUGUGCACUGCUGCUGCCCAGCCUGGCCCCCGGCUGCCCCCGGCACAUAUGCCGCUGAGAGUGACGGGGCGGAGUGGGUGCAGCUGCCCCGCAUUCGGCCCACCAUCGACAUCUCAAUCCUCAAAGGUGAGAAGGGCGAGACAGGGAUCAGAGGUCACUCUGGUAGGAGUGGAAAGGAGGGCCCACGGGGUUCCCGGGGCCUCCAGGGACCCAAGGGCCAGAAGGGGAAGGUGGGGCCACCAGGCGCCCAAUGCCAGCGCGCCUAUGCGGCAUUCUCCGUGGGCCGGCGUGAGGGGCUACACAGCACCGAUGCCUUCCAGACCGUAACCUUUGACACGGAGCUGGUGAACCUGGAUGGCAGCUUCGACCUGGCCUCUGGUCACUUCCUCUGCACUGUGCCCGGCGUGUAUUUCCUGAGCCUCACCGUGCACACCUGGAAUUACAAGGAGACCUACCUGCACAUCAUGUGCAACAGGCAGGCCACAGCCGUGCUGUACGCACAGCCCAGCGAGCGCAGUGUCAUGCAGACCCAGAGUCUGUUGCUGCCGCUGGCCACUGGCGACACUGUCUGGGUGCGCCUGUUCCAGCGGGACCGUGACAACGCCAUUUAUGGUGAGGGCGGGGACCUCUACAUCACCUUCAGCGGCCACCUAGUCAUGCCAGCCACCGAGCUCUAACUGCUGCAGAGAGGCCCCCACAUGACAGCCAGCCCUCAAUGGCACUUGCUCUCCAGAUACCCCCAGCCCGACCUCGCCCUCACAGCUGAUACCAGCAAUGCAUGUGC